AUGUUGAUCAACCUGCUCCACCAGUUCUUGUUGAAGUACCUGCUAAAGCCUAUUGAACAUGCUGAUCAUCCUUCAUCUAUGGACAUGUGUGCAAUCUCAAUUGACGAGCUUGUUGAUUCCAGGGGUUUAGGGAAAAUAGAAAAAGCGUUUGUUUCGCUUCUUGACGAAGUAUGCGCAAAGCAUCCCUCAGUUAUUGAAUGCCAGAAGAAGAGAAGUCCAAGGUUUAGCGAAUGGGCAUUCACGGCUUUGGUGGGAAGAGUUCUGCAUUUUCUCAAGACUAAAAAAGAGAGAGAUAUGGAUGAAGAGGCUUGUAGCAAUCUUCAAAUCUUAUGGGAGGAACUUGAGACGUUUAAAUUUGAUUUAACUUGGCUGGAGCCACAUGUUCAAUCCGCCUUAAGUAUGAAAAAUUACAUGGAGAGAUCCGCUAAAGUGCAAAGUGUGAAGGAGAAUGUGGCUGCUCUGGAGAUGGAAAUGAAGAAGCUGAAGGCAAUGGUUGCUUCUGUUGAAGUUGAUCUUGAAAUGGCAAGAAGUGAAUUGGUGAAAGUUGAAGAAGGCUUUUAG